CCCACCAUGGCCAUCACCAAGGUCAAGCAUCGAUUUGGGAAUUGGGAUCAAACCGCAGCAGGCGCAGGCGUCCCCCCAACGCCGUCGAAAUGCAGAUGAUCUCCUCUUCGAUAGUCCACUCCUCCGCCUCCGGUCUUCUCCUCCCCAAAUUUCGAUUCCGUUCUGCAUUUUCCCUCUCGAAUCUCAGCACUCUCAGUGUCUCCCGCCGCGCUGCCGCGGCGGCUCCGAUUUGCGCGGUUCCGUCGGACACAACGACGAUGGGGACGGGGUUCAAACCCGAAGAAGCGCGAGUACCGCCGGCCAUCUCUCCCCCUGAACCUCCGAUCACUAAGUUCAAUAUCGCACUUUGUCAGUUGUCAGUGACCCCGGACAAGGAAAGAAACAUUGCUCAUGCUCGCCAAUUUAUUGAAAAAGCAGCAAAGAAGAAUGCUCAACUGAUUCUUCUUCCUGAAAUAUGGAAUAGUCCGUAUUCAAAUGACUGUUUUCCGCUGUAUGCUGAGGAUAUUGAUGCGGGAGGUGAUGCAUCUCCAUCAACGGCAAUGUUGUCUGAACUUGCAAAAACCUUAAAGAUUACAAUUGUUGGUGGGUCCAUACCAGAAAGAAGUGGUGAUAAAAUUUAUAAUACAUGUUGUGUCUUUGGAACUGACGGAAAGCUUAAGGCUAAGCACAGGAAGAUCCAUCUCUUCGAUAUUGAUAUACCUGGUCAAAUGACCUUUAAAGAAUCAGAGACUCUCGCAGCAGGGGUAACGCCAACCAUUGUGGAUACAGAUGUUGGGCGAAUUGGAAUAGGUAUUUGUUAUGAUAUUCGAUUUCAAGAGCUAGCUGCUAUAUAUGCUGCCAGAGGUGCACACUUGCUCUGUUACCCUGGGGCCUUCAACAUGACUACUGGUCCUCUUCAUUGGGAGUUAUUGCAGCGAGCCAGGGCAGCGGACUCUCAGCUGUUUGUAGCAACUUGUUCACCGGCUAGAGACACCGGUUCAAGCUAUGUGGCGUGGGGACAUUCAACUCUUGUAGGGCCGUUCGGCCAAGUUUUAGCGACCACAGAGCACGAAGAGGCGGUAAUCAUAGCCGAGAUUGAUUAUUCCGUUAUCGAGCAAGAAAUUCCUUCCAUGUCAGAUUCAGCGCCGGGGGGAUCUCUACCAGCUAGUCGAUGUCCAGAGGCUGGAUUCCACGUGCGCCAACUAAAGGAUUUCUUAUUUGCUCGGGGGGGAAGAAGAUGUCAAAAGCGCAAAAUAUCGUCAUCGAUCCAACCACUUCUACACAGCUCGGCUCGACUCGAUUCCGGUGAGUGUCGAAUUCCCUCUCCAUGAUUGUUGGCUUUGUUUUGUUGAGAGAGAGAUGAGAUUGAGAUUGAGAUUCGGCUUAGAAAUGGAACCAUGGAUAGAUGGUUGCAAUAAAAAUUAUUAUUAUUUUUAUCUUCUAUAAAUAACAAAAAUGGUUUGUGGGCU